GGAAGAAGGUGCAAUGCUGUCGGUAGGCAAGCCAUGGCUGUGAAGAUGGCGGCGGUUGCGUGGCUUCAGGCGCUGCCUGCCAUUCUGCUGCUUCUGGGGGCUCAGCCGUCCCCAUUGUCUCUCUUCGGUAUAGGACCGGCACCCGUCGCUGCUGCUGACCGAUCCAAGUGGCACAUUCCGAUGUCUUCGGGGAAAAGGUAUUUUAGUUUUGGAAAGAUCCUCUUCAAAAAUACGACUAUCUUUCUGAAAUUUGAUGGAGAACCUUGUGAUGUACCUUUGAAUGUAACCUGGUAUCUGAAAAGUGCUGAUUGUUACAAUGAAAUCUACAACUUCAAGGCAGAAGAAGUGGAGACAUAUUUGGAAAACCUUAAGGAAAAAAAAGGCUUGUCUGGGAAAUAUCAAACGUCAUCAAAAUUGUUCCAGAAUUGCAGUGAACUCUUUAAAACACAGAGCUUUUCUGGGGAUUUUGUGCAUCGAUUGCCUCUUUUAGGAGAAAAACAGGAGGCUAAGGAGAAUGGAACAAAUAUUACCUUUACUGGAGACAAAACUGCAAUGCAUGAUCCAUUGACAACUUGGCAAGACGCACCAUACAUUUUUAUUGUACAUAUUGGCAUUUCAUCCUCAAAAGACAAUCUACUAGGUAUUAAUCUUUUUACUAUGACUGUUGAAGUGAAGGGUCCCUAUGAAUACCUCACGCUUGAAGAUUAUCCAUUGAUGAUUUUUUUCAUGGUGAUGUGUAUUGUAUAUGUCCUGUUUGGUGUUCUGUGGUUGGCAUGGUCUGCCUGCUACUGGAGAGAUCUCCUGAGAAUUCAGUUUUGGAUUGGUGCUGUCAUCUUCCUGGGAAUGCUUGAGAAAGCUGUCUUCUAUGCAGAAUUUCAGAACAUCCGAUACAAAGGAGAAUCUGUUCAAGGUGCCCUGAUCCUUGCAGAGCUGCUUUCAGCAGUUAAACGCUCACUGGCUCGAACUCUGGUCAUCAUAGUCAGUUUGGGAUAUGGCAUAGUCAAGCCUCGCCUUGGAGUCACUCUUCACAAGGUUGUGGUAGCUGGAGCCCUCUAUCUUUUUUUCUCUGGCAUGGAAGGGGUCCUCAGAGUUACUGGGUAUUUUUCUUAUCCCUUGGCUCUGAUAGUAAACGUGGCCCUCUCAGCAAUUGAUGCCUGUAUUAUUUUAUGGAUAUUUAUUAGCCUGACUCAAACAAUGAAGCUCUUGAAACUUCGGAGGAACAUUGUAAAACUCUCUUUGUACCGACAUUUCACCAACACGCUUAUCUUGGCAGUGGCAGCAUCUAUUGUGUUUAUCAUCUGGACAACCAUGAAGUUCAGGAUAGUGACGUGUCAGUCGGAUUGGCGGGAGCUGUGGGUGGAUGAUGCCAUCUGGCGCUUGCUGUUCUCCAUGAUCCUCUUUGUCAUCAUGGUUCUUUGGCGACCAUCUGCAAACAACCAGAGGUUUGCCUUUUCACCAUUGUCGGAGGAAGAGGAGGAGGAUGAGCAAAAGGAACCUAUGCUGAAAGAAAGCUUUGAAGGAAUGAAAAUGCGAAGUACCAAACAAGAACCAAAUGGAAAUAGUAAAGUAAACAAAGCACAGGAAGAUGAUUUGAAGUGGGUAGAAGAGAACGUUCCUUCUUCUGUGACAGAUGUAGCACUUCCAGCCCUUCUGGAUUCAGAUGAGGAACGAAUGAUCACACACUUUGAAAGGUCCAAAAUGGAGUAAAGAAUGGGAAGAUGUGCAGUUGAAGAUGGCUAGUAUCUGGGAAGAGAUCAGCUUCUGUGUCAGUCUUUACACUACCCCAUGGGAUUAAAGGAGGCAGCGACAUCCUGAUCUGUUCCUUGAUCUUUGUGCAUUGGAGCUGGCCAGAGGUGUCAGAGCAAGGAGGACUUCUCAUUGAAAAUAAGUUCAUAGGAUGAGAAAAAUCUACAAGUUUCUUCUUUACAACAUUGAUGCCCCUUUCCCUCCCAUACUCUGACAUGGAUGUUUAUGCAACUUAUGUAUGUUGUUCCUGAGCCUUCUGUAAUGUUUAAAUUGUUUAAUCUGUCAGACUAAAAAGUUUAACAUCUUCUAAAGAACUGUGACAUCAACACCGUAAUAUGUAAUCUCCAGGAGCAACUGCCUGUAAUUUUUAUUUAUUUAGGGAGUUACAUAGGUGAUGGGGGAAAUUGUAAAUUAUCUUUCCAUUUCCUGGGAAGCCAAGGUAACAUCUUGCAGAGGUAGUUUUGAGAAAAAAAAAGAGUCCUUCUGAGUUAAGGAGCCAUGGUUCUAUGAAUGAUGAAAAGGACAGCAAAAAAAAAAAGAAACUGUUACAGUAUGAUUCACAUCAUUUAAAAAAGCAAAAUCAAGUGCAAUUUUGUUUACAAAUGGUGUAUAUUAAAGAUUUUUCUAUUUCAGAUGUACUUUAGAGAGAAAUAUUAGCUUAACUCUUUUGACAUCUGCUAUUGUGACACAUCCCAUUGCUGGCAAUGUGGUGCACACUCCCGAACUUUUAACUACUGUUUUGUAAGCCUCCGAGGGCAGCACUGCAGAGACCUAGGCAAUGCUUUGUUUGCCUUCUGCCAUUCACUGGGUGAUGCACUCCGCGCAGAGAGGCACUCCAUCAAAGUGCUUGUGAGUGAGCACCCUGCUAAAGGGACUAAUGCUUCACAAGCAGGAGCUAACACAAAGGAAACUGGUUCUCCUGGCUUAAUUUAAACAGUUUUUCCUGCAUGAAGUAGUGUGGAGGCCCUGGACUGCUGCUCAUCCUUUAGAUCGACUGUUCUUGUAUCUGGUAUUGGUUUAGAGACUGUUUAUAAGAGACAUCACAAGGUGAUGGGAUUCAUUGGAAGCACUAUAUUUCUGUUUUAAUGGUUUUGUCCAAUUUUGCCUUCUCAAGAUUUUUGUUCUACAUAGAAAGUUCAUGCCACUUUUUAAUAUAAAAAAAUUUUAACAAAAUUAA